CGGAAGCUGACAAGCACAGUGCAGUGCGAGAUUCCGCAGGAAGGCGCAAGUGGGAAGAAACAGCCACACUCACUUCAUGUUUAGAUGACAACACCAUAAUAAAUCACUAUAUGUAAGUGGCACUACUGCCUUCAUCACUGGUCUAGCGGAGGGGGAGCUGUGAUUGGAGAAAGACCGAUUCGUCAUUUCUGACGUAUGAAGAGGUUUAUGACGACCGGGGCAAUCGCUGGAGCGGCUGUGAAGAUUAAAAGAUAAUGAAGCCUCCCAAACGCUUACGUUCUGCACCUGUGCGGUAUGAUACAGGCCCUCUUCGCCUAACCUGGACAACACGAGAAAAACUUGAGCUCUUAAGAUGUCUAAAAUCCCAGAAAAAUAAGAAAGAUCCACAGCCCAUGGUGAAGGGGCGGAGUCCUGGGGAGAUCUCCUCAUACAUAUCGUGGCUCCGUGGCCGGACCGCUCGGGAAGCUGUACAAACAGAAUAUGAGCGUUGGCUGCAGCAGAGAAAAACAAAGGACACUGAUAAGCCAGCACUGAUUGAACUCUGGACAGAUUUAGCAUUCAGAAUGUCCCAGCCGGCAGAGGAAGCCUUGACUUCAGCUUUUUCCCAGAUUCUCACCAUUGCAGCCACUGAGCCUGUGAGUCUACAACACUCUAUCCCCAGCAAGAUUCCCAUGGGUACAUCUAAUCAAGAUCUUACAGGAAUUCAGGGACAUGUUCCCUUGGGAUGCACAUCCCAGAAUAAACCAUCAUCAGAGCAGGGAUCAGAAUCCAUAGGGGCUAUGACUGAUGCAUCAGAGAAGGGAACUGCUGAUGGAUUGAAAGAUCUGGACUUUCAGAAGAUUUACAAGUAUCUGUCAAAAAUAGCAAGAGGGGAAGAGCUUCCAAAACUGUCUGAGUUGGAGUCUGCAGUCCUCCUUCGCCUCUUAGACAGUCUUCCUGACGAGUUGCUGAAUUUGGAUAUCAAGCCACUUGGUGAAUACUUGCAACAGAGCUGCUCACGUCUGAACUCACAACCUGAUGACCAGGAACCGGCAACAUCAGAUGAAUCUAGGACUGAGACACAAUGGAAGGACUUGGGAUUCUGUCCCUUAAACCCUUUUCAGAUUCCGCUACAGUUUCUGUAUCGCAAGGAGCCAGAGUGAUAUCUGUCCUUCAUCUAGAUAUCGUAGCCAUCCCACAUGUUGCUAUAACCUUUGUUCCCCUCUUUUUCUUGUCUUGUGUUUAUUUACUUUUUUACGCUAAUAAAAUACAUUCGAAACUUGAAAGCCAAAAAGUAUAUAAGUACUGUAUUAAAAAGAAGCAAUUUUACAGGUCAAGGUAUUUUGAUAUGGGCAAAAAAGUUUAACGUGUUUAACCUCAUGAUACUUUAUAAAGUGUAUCUGUUCUAGCUAAAAGAGUAUGGAGAAUCAGUGGAAAUACAGUUUCUCCAAAGAUUAAGUGAAACCUUUAUAAACUUUAAUUGUACCUAUUUCACUCUUAUGGCUUACUCUUCUAUUUGUUUCCUCAACUUUAUCUGUUGUCACGGAUGUGACUUACUCAUUUUGUAAAAAAAGUAGGUUUAUUAAACACAGGGACAUGUUUUGUAAAACAGCAAAAA